CUUUGUUGACAGAAAUCAGCUGUAGAAAAACAAACACUAACGUCACUGUUGUGAGUGGCAUCCCCUGCCAUCAUGGAUGAAUCAGGUUUGGUUACAAAAAUGCAUAACACUAUCACAUUCUGUGCUUUGAAGGAGGAGAAAGUUGAAGACGUCAUUGAGGAGGAUUUCCAAGCAAUAAAAGAAGAAAUUAAUGAUAUAGAGGAGAAUGAUGUCAAAAUAAGAAGAGGAAAUGAAAGUCCAGUGUGUAAAGCAGUUUAAGUCCUAGAGAAGAAAGAGUUGAAAAGAACUCAAAUGAAACUAUGGGUACAAAUAUAGAGGAUGAGAAUGCUAUCUAUAUAAUGGCAGGAGGUGAGCUAGAUGCAAGUGUUGAAAAUCCUGUGUUUGACAAAUUCAAAAUUCUUGGCGAAAAGGCAGACACUUUUGUGUGUGAAGAUGGAGAUCCUUUGGCAUCGCCCGUGCCAUGUGUAGCUGAUCCUCAUAGGAAAAAGAAGUCAUUGCUUGCUUCCAAAAGGACACGUAAGAAAGCUGACAAAGAGGUGAACUGUGGCAGAAAGGAGGCAAAAGAGAAACGUUUCAGUUGUGAAAUAUGCUCCAAGAAGUUUUCCUUUAGAAGUGAGAUUUUACUCCACAUGAGAGUGCAUACAAAAGAAAAACCAUUUAGCUGUGAGGUUUGCAGCAAGUCAUUUACUAAGAAAAGUACUCUUCUCCAACAUGCAAGAAUACAUACAAAUGAGAAACCUUUUAGUUGUAAGUUAUGUAACAAAAAAUUUAGUCAGAAAGGUAAUCUAGAUACACACACAAGAUUUCACACAACUGAUAAACCUUAUAGUUGUAGAAUAUGUCGUAAGGCUUUCUCUGUAAAAAGUCAGCUAGUAUGCCACAUUAGAGUACAUACAAAAGAAAAGCCUUUUCUUUGUAAUGUAUGUAAUAAGUUAUUCACAUGGAAAAGUGAUUUAGAAAGACAUCUGAGAGUACAUACAAAAGUGAAACCUUUUACUUGUGGUAUAUGUGAUAAGUCAUUUGCAUGGAAAAGUGAUCUGAAGAGGCAUUUGAGAGUACACACUAAAGAGACGCCUUAUAUUUAAUGAACUCUGUACUAUCAUCUAAUGAGACAUGAGAGUACAUAGAAAAGAAAAACAUUAUUUCUGCGAUGUUUUUAACUGGACAUUCUCAGAUUGCAGUGUGCAGUAUGUUUGUAGCAGCUCAGUCAAUAGUGCUGCAUGCAAGGGGAAAGAGGAAAAUUCCAGUGGACUACAGUAAAAUAAAGAAAGAAAUUAAACAAAUAUAUGGGUAGUAAUGAUGAAUGAAAUUAAUACAGUAAUGUAUUACAUAUAAGUAACGGAUAAUGACUUAAAAACAGUGCUUCAUAAAAGAUACGGCAGGUCAUUAGAAAUGGAGGAGAUAUACUAGCUUAUUAAAAUUAUCUCUGCAAAACAUACCUUCAGUGUGAUGAUAAUAAUGGUAAUGAUAAUUAUAGAUAUAUAUAUAUGCAUAAAAUAGAUGAAUGGCCAUACUCGGUUUGGUGGUUGGGUGAGGUUAUUAUUUAUGAAUUAGAAUACUUUCUUUCAUCAUGUGGAUGCUAGACACACACACACACACAUGUGUGUGUAUGUGUAUGAGUGUGUAUAUGAUUAUAUAUACACACAUUAACA